GAAGAGAAGAGAAGAGAAGAGAAGAGAAGAGAAGAGAAGAGAAGAGAAGAGAAGAGAAGAGAAGAGAAGAGAAGAGAAGAGAAGAGAAGAGAAGAGAAGAGAAGAGAUUGAACUGGAUGGGCUUUUAGGUCCCUCCAACCCAAACCCUUCCAUGAUUUUAUAUAAAAUUUAAUCUGUUAUUUAUAUUUAGCAGGUUAGAGAUGUGCAGGCAGAUCUUACAAGCAGGAGUGAGCAAUAUCAUUUUCUAUUAAAUGUUCCCCUGGGGUUUCCUGGGAAAUGUUUUAUCUAUUCUCAUCAUGGGGGUGAUUUUCAGGAAGCCAAGACAGAGCCAUGAAUCCUUAAUUAAGAUUAAAACCCAAGGUUUGGGAACUGUUGUGUAGGCAAUAAAUACAAUCCCUGGUGUUAUGCUCUGCAAUGCUCCCCAUUUUUGGGAAUUAUCCAUUAAUUCAAACAGUACUUGGAAUGCUGGAUCAUUUUUUAGGAAACUGGGUUUUUUUUGGCAUGUUUUUGGUGGGAAUGGGAGGGAUGGAAGGAUUUUGGCUGGGUGGAUGUGUCAGGCUGAAGCUCUGCCUGUUCUGUCAGCUGGGGAAUGACUGAUGGAUUAAUCCCUGGUCCUGGUUCAGAACUCUCUCACCCCACAGCUCUGCAGGUAUUUUAGUUUUUAAUCUAAUCUAAUGCUUUUCAGUUCUCUGGAUUGUCACUGUAAUCCAAGGGAGGCUUGGAAGGGAAAAGGAGGGAGGGAAUAUGCAAAGAGAGGUCUUUAAACCUCAACAAAUUAUCAUUCUUGUGAUUUCUCUGUUAAUACUGCCUGAGGUCUGAUAUUUGUGGUUUAACCCCCAUUUUAGAAUUAAGUUGAUAAAUGUACAUUAGUUCCUGAUCUCAAAUAAAUAAAACGUACAUGAAUUAGACUAACCACAAAAACACUUCUGGCAGGAGGAAAGCUAUUUUAAAAUGCAGAAAAAAAAGAAAAAGAGGGGGGGGAAAAAAACCAAACUUCAGCCUCCAAAUAUUUGCAGGUGUUUGGUGCCUGCUCCUGCCUGGGCUCCAGGAGCGUGGGGGUGUUUGCAGGCUGCAGUGUGAAUUCCAGGAGGAUGUGCCAAACAGUUUGGACCAUCUGUGGUGCCAGGGGGAGCAGAGGGAGGCUGCUCAGUCAGCUGGGCUGGGGAGGGCACUGCUGCUGCCACAGCAGCUCAGAUAUCCUGAUUUUUCCCCAGGGUUUCUCCCCUGGGAGCGCUGGAAGCAGGAAUUGCUGCUUGGAUAAAGCUCUGGAGCCGUUCCAGAGCGGCACUGGGGAAGGUGAAGGCAACUUCAGCCUCUUGGGCAGCUCAGGGACCACCAGGACAGCUGGAGGUGCAGGAGGAGACCUUGAGGCCCUGCUCUGUCAGGUGCCACCAGCUGCCUGUGGAGAGUUUGAUUCCAGACAUGGAAAUCAGCUUCCACCAUGGGAUGGAAGGUGAGGAAGAUGAGAAGUUGGGUUCCAGCCACUCUUCUGCGGGGAAUCACUCGUUCUCCUGACCUCAGGGUGCCAGGUUGUCCCUGUGAGUGCUGCUGAGGGAAACCCAGCCUGGAGAGGAGAGCAGAGCUAAAAUUCCAUCAGAGUGGUGUCACACUGGUGUCUCACAGAGAGCUGGAGGACGUGGCUGCUGCAUCUCCCAGGGGAAGAUGGAAUUUCCCACGGGAUUCCCGAGGUCACGGAGCUCAAUAACGUGAAGAAUAUCUCCAGGCUGCCAAAAAGCACAAAGAAACACGCGGUGGGCAUUUAUUUCAGUGAUGACACCUCCAAAACCUUCGCUUGUGACUCUGAGCUUGAGGCGGAUGAGUGGUGCAAGGUGCUGCAGAUGGAGUGCCUGGGAACACGAAUUAAUGACAUUAGCCUUGGAGAGCCUGACUUGCUGGCAUCUGGAGUAGAGAGGGAGCAGAGUGAGAGAUUCAAUGUGUAUUUGAUGCCAUCCCCUAAUUUAGAUGUGCAUGGGGAAUGUACCUUGCAGAUAACAUUUGAGAAUAUCUGUCUUUGGGACAUCCACAAUCCCAGAGUCAAACUCGUCUCUUGGCCGUUAAGUGCCCUGCGGCGCUACGGGCGGGACCCAGCCUGGUUCACCUUCGAGGCAGGCAGGAUGUGUGACACAGGAGAAGGGCUCUUCAUCUUCCAGACCAGGGAUGGAGAAGCCAUCUACCAGAAGGUUCACUCGGCUGCCCUGGCCAUCGCCGAGCAGCACGAGCGGCUGCUGCAGAGCGUCAAGAAUUCCAUGCUGCAGCUGAAGCGGAGCGAGCGGGCGGUGUCGCUGGGCACGGUGCUGCCCCUGCCCCGCAGCGCCUACUGGCACCACAUCACCCGCCAGCACAGCACCGGGCAGCUCCUCGGCCUGCCAGAUGUUUCCAGCCCGGUGAAGCUCCACCGCACGGACACUUUUCCAACCUACAGGUCAGAGCAUCGAUAAAAAUCCAGAAAGAACUUCACAAACUCUUUGGCCUCUGACCAACUGCCCCAGUGGAUGACAGUGGUGAUGACCACCAAGGAUGGACAUGCAGAGAAGUUCAGGUUGGACGAAAAAUUCUUGCAAUACAAAGGAUUUUUUAAACUUUGCCAAAAGCAGAAACUCUUCUGUUGGAUACUGGGGAGAGGAACCAAACCACCAAACCCUCUGGUGUAUCUUUUAUAUCUUACAGCUGGACAGAGAAGAAACCACUCCCUAAACACUUCCCUCUGAUUUUGUAUGAUAGGUAUGUUGUAAAUAUGUGAGGCUCCUGCUGUAGUGUGGUUAUUUUGUCUCCUGACACUGCCGUGUCACCCUGGUUUGUGGCAAUGCUUAUCUUUAGUUCUUCCCAUUAUUGUUCCCCUAUUCCUCAGCUCUGGAAUGGUGGCCAGUUUGGAGCAGCUCUUGGAUACAAUUUUUCCUGUUUGAAGACUGGAUUGAUUUCUUUUAAAAGAAUCUCCUCUUUCCUGUAUUUAUUUCCAUCUCUGUAAACAUUGAAAAUAAAAAGUCCCAUGCAA